AUGGAUGAUAAAAGCAUUACCUCGUGGUCAGAUGAAUCAAAGUAUGGUGUGUUGGAUGUGAUGAACAAGAUUAACAAUGUCUACGGGUUAACUCUUUAUGAAAUAUCGGAGUUUCGUAAUUUGCUGCUGAAGAAACUAACAUUGAGAGAGUUGAAAGGACUUCUAGCUGUUGCCGAUGGCAGUUCGAAUGAGGUGGAAGAUUUGUCCGCCAUUUUCAAGAAAAAGGCAAAAAGCAUGAAACCCACGGAACGUACUAAUUACAAACUCAAAGUCAACAAAAGACAGAAAGCAACAAACCAAGUAUUAGCUGCUGAAGCAGAAGUUAUAUAUUUUGGAAGUUUGUUGAUUGGACGUCUUAAAUUGAUUCCUUUGUUCCCAGUUGCUAAUGUUCUGAGUAUCUGCCAGAAAACUAUGCGGCUCUUCUAUGAUAUUCAGUAUUACCAAGGUUCCGAUUGGUAUAAAUCUGUAAUAAGUGUAUCAUUGCAUGAUGUAAUAUCUUUUUCACGCAAUGGUCCGAGUAUAAUUCUCAAGCUAUCAGCAGGGGGAGUUCCCGAAGUAUCCUAUAAGAAUGGUCAAUCGUACUUUCCUGACGUUACUUACAAGGAUAUUCAAACCGCACGUGUUCAUCAGAUCGAAUUUAUGGAUACAAACAAUCUGUUUUCAAUGCAAAUCAUUUUGAAACGACUUAUCAAUAACAGUCGAAAUUCGAACUCAGUCAGCAGUUUGGACGGAUCAGCAAUGUCGAGAGACUCCAAUAUCAAAACUGCUGACUUGUCUUGUACAGCUUCAUCGAACUCUUCUCACACCGCAAUCACCUCCAAAAAUAUAUCGGAUCAGCUGGGCAUGAAGCAUGUUCCCAAUAUUGGCUCAUUACAGACUUGGGACAAUCCUAUUACUUCCAAGCCUUCAAUGAUGACCUUACCAUACUCUUCUUCAUCCAGUUAUAGGAAUGCUAAUGCUAUUCAUGCUUUCAAUGAUAGUCAAGAUUCUGAUACUAUCACUAACAACCAAUAUAGCAUGAAUCCCCUUCUUUCUUAUACGCAGGAUAACAUUUUCAAUAAAAGUUUUGAAAUUUCUCCAAGUUCUAAUGAAUCCCCUUACUUUUUCAAUUCUUUGCAAGGGAAUCCUGUAUAUCUCUCAGAUCCAUUCAUUCCAUAUAUAAACCAAACUUUCAACUUCUUCGAAGGUUAUCAACAGCAGCAACAACAGCAGCAGCAAGUCUGCAACGAUAAUAUCCCUAUCGAUGUGACGAGUACCACGGAUGGAACUGUCACUAACUCCAAUUCUUUCGAGAAUAUAAGCUCAGUAACGAAUAGCAAUCAUGAUUUGCUGGAUUCAAACAUUUGGUUGCCUUGGGGAGCGGAUAUCAAACCAUCCACCGCGUUCUAA